CCGGCAGUCGGUCGGUUUUCUUCCACUCCCGUCCCUCCCGCCACUCCACCUGCGGCACCGAGGUACCUUUCCAUCGUCACCCCUCCCGCCCGGUGAUCAUCAUGUCAACAACAACAACACCCCCUUCCUCCCGCGCUGUGACAGGCCCGCCCAUUCCCACCCUCAGCUACGGGUCAGGCGGGUCCUUUACCAUUUCAUGCUCCGCCCGGAUCGCCGCCACACCAAGAGCUUGUUUAGACGUGAUUGUCAAGUCAUCAGAAUACCCCAAAUGGAACCGCUUCUGCCGCAAAUGCACCAUCGACUCCCAGCCCAACCCCCAACCCCAACAACCCCAACAACAACCACAGCAAGAUGAAGAAGACAACCUCCAACUCCAACUCGGCACCCAAUUCACCUUCGACGUGCACCUAGACCCUUCCGAGCCCGACACCACCAAGCCAGGCCAGGCCGUCGCUCUCGAGGUCAGCGCGCUGGAGCCCAUCAACGACGAGGAGGACCCGCAAGAGCCAGGCCACCGCCGCAAGGGAUGGCGCAUCGCCUGGCGGCAGCGCCCCAGCCUGAUGAUGCCCGCCUGGAUGCUCCGGUCGGAGCGCGUGCAGGAGUUUGUCGAGGUUGCGGUUGACGGUGGUGAUGGCGAUGGCGAUGGGUCUGGGACUGGGACCGAGACCGAGUACCGCUGCUGGGAGACCUUCUACGGCGUGCUGGCGCCCGUGGUCCGGAUGGCUGCCGGGAAACAGGUGGAGAGGGGGUUUGAUGCGUGGUUGGAGGGGUUGAAGGGGUUGGCGGAGGGCGGAGGGCAGACUACUGCUGCUUCUGCUGCUGCCACCACGGCUGCUCAAGGGUAACGGGUAGGGGCUGUGUGAGACAGGCGUGUGUUUAUGGUUAUACGCUAUGUAAACUCAAAACGGUGUUUUGCUCUCCUGUUCGUUU